AUGCCCAAGAGGAAGGUGAGCUCCGCCGAGGGCUCGGCGAAGGAGGAGCCCAAGAGGAGGUCGGCGCGGUUGUCCGCGAAGCCCGCGCCUGCGAAAGUGGAAGCGAAGCCCAAGAAGGCGGCAGCAAAGGAUAAAUCUUCAGACAAAAAAGUGCAAACAAAGGGGAAAAGAGGAGCAAAGGGAAAACAGGCUGAAGUGGCUAACCAAGAAACGAAAGAAGACUUACCUGCAGAAAACGGAGAAACUAAAAAUGAGGAGAGUCCAGCAUCCGAUGAAGCAGGAGAGAAAGACGCCAAGUCUGAUUAAUAUGACAUACCAUGUCUUAUCAGUGGUCCCUGUCUCCCUUCUUGUACAAUCCAGAGGAAUAUUUUUAUCAACUAUUUUAUAAAUGCAAGUUUUUUAGUAGCUCUAGAAACAUUUUUAAGAAGGAGGG